CUUCAAUCUAACAGUCCAUCAGUAAACACAGUUUUGACUUGAACUUAAAAGUGCCAAAAAUCAAUCGGUUCAUAUUGGCACCAGUGUUGACUUCAACUACAAGGUUCUUCAGGGACUCCCCAGUGAUACUUGAACAGGGUCACCAGUCUUAUUUCAUUUAAAGUAUGCCAAAGCUUUAAGGCAUUCAUGGCUCCCCAGGGAGAUUUGCCACAUUAAUAGGCACCAGGUUAGGAAAUCUAUUUAUUACUUUGCUUGAUGAAGCCUGUUUAAGUUUCAAGAUACCACUCCCUUCCCCACACCUUCCAAGGAAUCUCUCUAUAAAAGAAAAAAACCUGAGACUUAUCAGCCAGAAUUGAAAGGUAUCUUUGGAUAGGAGCUCAUUUUCUUUGUACAAUGAGAUGAUUGUGAAACCUAUGGUAGCAGUGGAAAAUGUUACUCUUGAGAUAUAAUCUUUCUGCAAAACCCAGGAAGUUACAAAAUCUUAAACAACAAAUCAAACAUGUGUUGUUUUUAGAUGAUAGGACUGUGGUUGCUUUAUUGUUCUACUGUAGAAAAAGAAACCUAAAGAGCCCCACCCCCUCAGAAAUAGAAACUAUAUAUUCUGACUGUCCUUUCUGUCAACAGCAACUGAUGAGAUGGGUACCACUACAAUUUUGACAUGGCUACUCUUGCUAGGUCCAGCAGUUUUGGAGGCCAAAUCAGUGACUCGUGUCCGGCUGGUGAACGGAAGGCACAGAUGUGAAGGUCGCAUUGAGGUCUAUUACAGAAGAGAGUGGGGGACAGUUUGUGAUGAUUUCUGGGACCUUUCUGAUGGCCAGGUUGUGUGCAGGCAGCUGGGAUGCGGCGGGGUCAUUGCGGCUCCAGGCAGUGCUUACUUUGGGCAAGGCUCAGGUGAUAUCCUCCUGGACAAUGUGCAGUGCAAUGGAGAUGAGGCCUCCUUGUUUCUCUGUAAACAUCUCGGAUGGAAGGUACACAACUGUGCCCACUAUGAAGAUGCUGGUGUUGUCUGUUCAGGAAGGACCACUACGGUGCUGACGACCUCCACGGUGCCAAGAAACUCAACACUGCAGACAGUACCCAUAACGGAGGACACAGACACCAUAGAACCAAUGACCUUUCUAACAGAUCUGCCCUCCCUACCAGAUGUGGUCACCAUAGUACCAUCGACCUCUGCAGCUGAGACAAUGUUCUUAGAGGAGAUAGCCAUCACAGAAACAAUGUCCUCCCCAGCAGAACCAACGACCACCAUAGCAGACAGGUUCACCACAGCGGAGACAACGUCCCUAGAAGAGACACCCGUCACACAACUUAUGUUCUCCCCAGCAGAGAAGACCUCCCCAACUACCUCAGCACCACUCUCCACUGCAGGAGAGGAGAUAACCACUGCAGAGACAUUCUCCUCACUGGAGACAAUCACAGGAAUACCACUGUCUGCCACAGUGGAGACAACGUCCCUAGAGGAGAUAACCACUGCAGAACCAAUGACCUCCUUAGCAACGACAUCCUCCUCAGCAACAAUGACCACCACAGCACUACUGACCUACCCAGUGGACACAACCACAGGAGUGCAAACAACCUCCAUAGAGGACAUGUCCUCCAUAGCAGAGGCUGCCACCACAGUCCCAAUGAAUACCACAGCACAGGAGAGCACAGCAGCAGUACCUACAGCCCCUCCUACCCAAGUACCGUACACAACAGGGCCCAUCCUGCGCCUGUCGGGCGGGAGGCACGGCUGCGAGGGCCGCGUGGAGCUGUCCGACGGCAGCAGCUGGGGCACGGUGUGCGACGACCUGUGGGACCUGCGGGCUGCCCGGGUGGUGUGCGCGCAGCUGGGCUGCGGGGAACCCGUGGCCGCCCCGGGCAGCGCCCGCUUCGGGGCCGGCUCCGGCCGCAUCUUCCUGGACGACGUGCAGUGCCGCGGGGACGAGCCCUCGCUCCGGAUGUGCCGGCACAACGGCUGGGGCAUGCACAACUGCCAGCACGUGGAGGACGCUGGUGUCGUCUGUGCAGGCGGUGCCUUGUGCCGUGUCGCAGGGCCCAUCCUGCGCCUGUCGGGCGGGAGGCACGGCUGCGAGGGCCGCGUGGAGCUGUCCGACGGCAGCAGCUGGGGCACGGUGUGCGACGACCUGUGGGACCUGCGGGCUGCCCGGGUGGUGUGCGCGCAGCUGGGCUGCGGGGAACCCGUGGCCGCCCCGGGCAGCGCCCGCUUCGGGGCCGGCUCCGGCCGCAUCUUCCUGGACGACGUGCAGUGCCGCGGGGACGAGCCCUCGCUCCGGAUGUGCCGGCACAGCGGCUGGGGCAUGCACAACUGCCGGCACGUGGAGGACGCUGGAGUCGUCUGUGCAGGCGGUGCCUUGUGCCGUGUCGCAGGGCCCAUCCUGCGCCUGUCGGGCGGGAGGCACGGCUGCGAGGGCCGCGUGGAGCUGUCCGACGGCAGCAGCUGGGGCACGGUGUGCGACGACCUGUGGGACCUGCGGGCUGCCCGGGUGGUGUGCGCGCAGCUGGGCUGCGGGGAACCCGUGGCCGCCCCGGGCAGCGCCCGCUUCGGGGCCGGCUCCGGCCGCAUCUUCCUGGACGACGUGCAGUGCCGCGGGGACGAGCCCUCGCUCCGGAUGUGCCGGCACAACGGCUGGGGCAUGCACAACUGCCGGCACGUGGAGGACGCUGGAGUCGUCUGUGCAGCUGCUGUGGCCACCCCGACAUCUACAUCAGCACCUUAUUUUUGUGGUGGCUCAAUCUCAAAUUCCUCUGGGAUGCUGCAGACUCCCUUCUACCCUGGAAGUUAUCCAAACAACGCUGACUGCGUGUGGGAAAUACAAGUAGAGAACAAUUUCCGUGUUGUGCUGACAUUUAGAGAUAUUGAGAUGCAAAGCGGCAGAUGCCAGUAUGACUACAUUGAAGUCUACGACGGGCCUCUACAUUCCUCCCCGCUUCUUGGGAGACUUUGCUCUGGUUCCUUUCCCACAUACACAUCCUCUUCAAACAUGAUGACCGUUCACUUUCACAGCGAUUCUAGAGACACCUUCAGGGGGUUUCAGGCUCACUACUCCUCCAUUCCAGCAGUUCACAACUCUACCCUUCAGUGCUUGCCAGACUACAUGCAUGCAGUGGUUAGCACAGACUACCUCCGGUCUCAGGGCUACUCAGCAGAGAUGGUCACUCUGAAUGAUAAUCGUUGUAGACCAACAAUCACAUCACGUGAGGUUAUAUUCAACAUUCCCUACAACGACUGUGGGACGACACGGGAGGAGAACAACGAUACCAUCAACUAUUCCAACACCAUCAAAGUUACUUCUUCUGGGUACAUAAUCAGGAGGAAAAAGAAUAUUAACUUACACAUCAGUUGCAAAAUGCUACAGAAAACAUGGAUGCAAAUAACGUAUGUUGCUGAGGACACUGUAGAUAUGAAUGAAAAUCAGUUUGGAAGAUACACCAUAAACAUCACUUUCUAUGACUCCUCAUCAUUCUUGCGGCAAGUGCACGACUCUCCGUACUACAUUGACUUGAACCAAAAUUUGUACCUUCAAGCUUAUCUUCACAGCUCUGAUCCAAAUCUGAUCCUGUUUGUGGACACAUGUGUGGCAUCACCAGAUCCUCAAGAUUUUAACAGACUGGCCUAUGAUAUAAUCAGGAAUGGAUGUGCUAGAGAUUCUUCCUAUGCCACAUACUACUCCCCCUACAGCCACUUUGCUCGGUUCAAGUUUAAUGCCUUUGAGUUCAUCAGCCGGCAUUCAGUAGUCUACCUGCGGUGUGAGCUGGUGGUGUGCAGGCUUCGGGACUAUUCCUCCCGCUGCUACCGGGGCUGUGUUAGCAGGGCCAAGAGAGAUGCAAGUUCUGCUGAGGAAAGAGUGAACGUGGUUGUAGGGCCACUUCAGCUUCAAGGAGGGGGUGCUAAGAGUAGGAAUAUUGGGCUGGACUCCUCUCUGCCUCCUCCCCAAGCUGAUAACCCCCUCACGCCGGUCGUUGCUGCUGUCGCUGUCCUCGCAGUUGUCGUCUUUGUUCUUGCUGGGUUUCUUGCAAGACCUGCACUGAAGAAACUGCUUUCACAUGGGACAAUGUGAGCUCAAAGGUCAGCAUCAUCCACUCAGUGACUGCAAGGCAAAUGUCACAUAUCAUCAGCUGCCAAAAUGCUUCACUGACCGCAGUCACAUUUGUACCGUUUGUAAGAAGCUGUGAUAUCUUUAUCGACAAUAAAUCCUAACCUGUUAUAGUGCUUUAGAAUAACUUUGUAAUCCUAACACUUCUUAAACGAUUAAGAAAUCAUUUCGACAUUCAUGUCACGAGUUGUUUGGUACGAUCAUCUUACCAUUUUUGUCCUCUUUAGUUCCCUUCUUACGUUCUUCUGAGACCAUGUACCUAAUGCCUAGAAAUUUCAUGAGCUGGAGAGACAAUAUGAAUGAGAUAUCAAUAAGUAUUUCGAGGUUUAGUAUAGAGUAAAAGAAAUAGGUCAUGCCCGGAAAGGAAAUGUAAAAAUUGUUCUUAUCAUGGCAUCUAGAGUUGUGGCUAUACAAUAAUUAUUUUGAGCAUUGCUCUUGAUGCUAAAUUUCUCAAUGGAAAAGUAACAGGUCUGUGCUUAUUUGUAAAACGCAGAGAAUCCCAAGCUGAAGUAAUCUGUUACAUGAGCAGCGUAAUUUAAAAUCAAAGGAAGGAAUGUUUACAAAGCAAUAAUUGUAUUUUGUCUUUCGAAUGAAUGUGGCUGUGAUUAAAAUACAGAUGGAUGUUUUACUCUUU